AUAAAAGAUUUGUAAUCUGUAAAUAAUUUGUGCAAGCAUCUCCACCUUUAUGGAACUUGUAGUAGCCUAAUUGUGUUGGUCACUCAUUCGAAUGCUACCCGACCAGGAACUCCAGCAGCUAGCAGGUUGGUAAAUCCUUCAAUCAGUUCACCCGUUGAUGAUUUCUUUGAUGAGGUAAUUCCUGAAGUAAAACACUCACACAUUGUCAACCAGAAGAUUUCCUGUUUUCAACUUAAACAAAGAGGUUUGUGUAUUUCACGUUUGUAGAUAAACCAACGGUAUACAUCAAUAUCACAACUACCGAGUACUACCAUGGCGACGAGGUAACCCUCACGUGCUUAGCUGAUGGCUAUCCAGAUCCUGUCAUCACCUGGAUAUUCGAAGACAAGCUUUUCACACAUGACACUUCAGACAGGAACAUUUUACGUAUUGGCCGAGUGAACCAAUCCCAAACAAGAACCUACAGCUGCCUGGCCGUCAACUCUGAAGGGAAUGACACAGCGUCCAAAAGUCUGACACUUACCCCAAUGAAACCAGGAAAGUGGGGUGCAUCUCUUCCUUCUUGGGAACAGGUUGUGUUUCCGGUUGUAGGUCUAGGCAUGCUGGGAUUGAUUGCUGCUGUAUGUUACCUACGGUCAGAGAAAACAAAUGAUCAAGACAAAGUGACUUCGAAGAUGUCUAACGAAGGGGAAAAUCUGGCUGCAAUUGGAAUGGACGGAGGAUCUGAAAGAGAAGGUGAAACUGAGGAGGGAGCAGUUGGCGGAACUCCAAGGCCUGAACUGCAGGGUCAUUACGCCAGCAUCUGGUUUGAUCCGGAAGUCGCAGGAACCUCGGGAAUCAGACGUAGCGAGGAGCCUACUGUAUAUGCACAGAUUGACUUCAAUGCUUCUACCAGACUGAUAAAGAAGGGUAAAGGGAAGGGCAAGAAAAGCAGAGUGUAGAGAAUUGAAAAAAAGGCUAAUCUGGAAUAAGAGGUUUCAUCUCUUAGCCUGAUCUAAAUCCGUAAAUCUCUGUGUGCCGAUAUGUCCAACCUUACGGAAAGGGGUCUCUAAGAAUAAAUUCUGCAUCACUAGAUGAAAUUUUGCA